CAUUGAGACUUGGUCUCAGGAGCAGCAGCAGCAGCAGCAGUAGCAGAGCCAUGGCUUCAGUCAAGGAGAAGGCGGCAGCUUUGAAUCUCUGCGCCAUAUACAGCCCGGCCAACAAGCCUUCAGGUUUCAGCUUGGCACAGAGACCAUUCGGAGCCACAUAUGUCUGGAGCAGCAUUAUCAACGCAAUUCAGACUCAAGUUGAAGUGAAAAAGCGGCGUCAAAACCUGAAGAGCUAUAAUGACUGUUUUAUUGGUUCUGAUGCCGUGGACAUUGUCUAUGCCCACCUUCUCCAGAACAAAUACUUUGGUAAUGUAGAUAUUUCACGAACUAAAGUUGUAAGAGUGUGUCAAGUAUUGAUGGACCACAAAGUGUUUGAGGCUGUUUCUACCCGAGUCUUUGGAAAAGACAAACGAUCAGUGUUUGAGGACAGCAGCAGCAGCCUCUACAGGUUCCCCGGUGCUGCCAACCAAAUGGACAGCCCCUUUAGAAAAGAGUGUGACUAUCUUAUACGUCAAAGACCAGAAAAAAGGACACUACUUAGCACAACACCUGUGAAGGCAGAGAGCUUGGAGGACCUCUUGGAAGACUUGAGCUUAAAGCCUGUUAAUUCCCCUCAAGUAACCACCUCUUCAAGUUUGUCUCGCCAAAUUAUCAGCGAAGUCUGGAGAGAACAAACAAUUGCACGCCUUCUGCAGCUCAUAGAUCUUCCAUUGCUUGACUCUUUGCUCGAAUACCAAAAGACAGGAGCAAAGCAGGAGACUCAGUGUAGCAGCAUCGCAAACAACUACUUGGAUCGAGAUAUUCUCAAAGCUUUUGGUGACUCUCAGGCAGAUGAAUGGCUAUCAGCAGCAAUAGACUGCCUGGAGUAUCUCCCAGAUGUGAUGGUGGUUGAUGUAAGCCGAAGUUUGCCUGAUGGGCCUCACAGAGUCAAGGUUGGGAAGCUGCUGCUGUUUGAUACUAUUGGAAGAUACUAUGGCCAAAGGAAGGAGCCACUCUUAAAACAUGCGCCUGAUAUCCACCUUGGAAUUGCUGAAUUGCUGGUGAAUGGAAAGGCUGAUCAAGCUCUGGAAGCCAUUCAGCUCUACUUGAAGUUAUUAGAUAGUCCAACAAGAGAGGAAUUUCGGAGGCUCAUUUAUUUCAUGGCUGUUAUGGCCCAGAAUUCUGAGCUUAAGCUGCAGUCAGAGAGUGAUAACCGGAUGGUUGUGAAAAGAACUUUCUCUAAAGCUAUCAUCGACAACAAAAAUUUGUCUAAAGGAAAAACAGACCUUCUGGUUUUGUUUCUGGUGGACUACCAAAAAGAUGUCUUAAAGAUUCCAGGGACACUGCACAAAAUGGUUAGUGACAAGCUUGUAGCCAUUCAGCAAGGGAAAGAUGCCAACCGCAAUACAGGAUAUACUUUCUGCCAGCGGCUUGAUGAAAGUGAAUAUACGAACAGUGCUAAGAAGACUACAAAAAAGGAACUUGUGUGUCUGCUAAAAACAAUUGAUGGAGAUUCCAGUCUUCCUGCCAAAGAACGAAAGAAGUUGCUGGAUCAGUUCUAUGCUAGUAACCCAACUAUCUUUUUGCAGUAUUUUGGUGAGAGAUGUUCUGAUGAAGUUUUCUAAUUUUAGACCUGUUAGGAAUGAUCAAUGCUCUUUUGAAACAUGUAUCUUUUAGGAGAUUUUUUGUACUUAAAUAAACUUGUUUUGUAAAUAUUGGUGGAAUCCACCUGAAAUAACAUUAUUUUUAAAAAUAAUUAAAGUUGUUGAUACAUAUUGUCAUUGAGAAA